AAUGUUUCACUCUCUUGCUUUUUAAUUGCUUUUAGAUUUUACUUCUUUCUUUUCUGUGAAGAAUUUUUGGUGUGUUCUUAUUCUAAUUUUACCAGAACAGCUUAAGAAGAAAUUUAAAAGUCACAUAGGGAAAAAAAUAUUUAAGCAAGCUUAAAGCAUAAGAUAAGAGUAACUCACAAAACCCCAGUGUGUAGAUCAGUUUGUUGGGAGAAUAAUACCUUUGGCCAGUAACAUUGAUGUCUCUCUUACCCUCUCUCCUUUGUUUGGCAUGUCAAUAGAAUCAAACAAAUGUAAUAUACUUUGUUGAAUUAAUAAUGGUUAUCAUCUUCACUGUGAUUACACGCACAGUGAGGAAAUCAGUUUUAAAUAAUUAACAAAGAAUGCAGAAACAUAAUAAUAUUAAUGAAUUGAAGGUACUCACGUUUAUUACCACUCAAGCUGUUGAGUCUUCCCUGAAGUUGCAGGGAGGUACUAAUCAAAAUGUUCAAGAGAAACAACUGCUCUUUGGAAGCUAAAAAUAACCAAAAAGCCUCUGUGCCCCGAGGUGGUAACUCCUAGCAUGCCAUUGUUGAAACACUGGGCUCCUAAUGAUGGCAGCUGGCUACGGAUGUGCUUGUGGGGAGACAGCACAGAAGGUGCUGCCUGGCACCAUGUGGCAAUCUAGUGGAAGGGCAGUGGACACAGUCAUCCGUCCUGAAAUUACUGCUGGACACCUAAAAAUCAUACUCUCGGUAGGGGGAACCACUACUGUGCCAACUUUCCACCUUAUCUUUGUAUUUUGUAGCAACGCUUCUGAGCAGAGGAAAAGAUUAAGCAGUAAUCUUUCCUACACUCUAUUAAACAGAAAUAUGUGUACAUGUAGGCCUGUCAAUCUCCACUAUUAGGCGAAUGAGACCCAUUGCCAGGAAGGAUUUAAGCACUUAGUGUUCAGACUUAGUGCGGCUCAGUGAAGUUUGGCUGUGUGGUCCUAUCCGGGGGAAUUACAGCAAUCUUCUGCAUUUGGUUUGAUGAGGGAAGGAGUGGGUCUUUUCCCUAAACACUCAGGGCUAUUCCUCUAACUUCAGGUUUUUAACUUAAGCACUAUGUUAGGAAGCUGGUCACAUUGUGUGCAAUUCAUAGAGGAGCCUGCUUAGGUAUUGCUUCUUUUCUAUGUAUAAUCUUCUUCAGAACUGUAUUUAUAUAAACAAUCAUUCAAUAAGUUCAUGCACCCAGACUCUGCUGAGAAGUGCUGAUUAGGCACCAUCCAGUGUGUUUUUUCAAAGCAAGCAGUAUUCGUCUGAAAAAAAGGCUUUUCUGUCAGGCUUUAAUUUGUCCAAAACUAGCAUCUAUGUGGAGUAGAGCUGUAUUUGACUAAUUUUUGCUCCAUUCAUCACAAAUAGUAACUUCACAGUGAUAUUCUAAGCAGAGGACCUGAGUGACAUCCUUCCCGGCAGUGUCAGUGAAGGUUUGGCUUUCACUAUAGUCAGGCUAUCACCCUAUAUUCUACCAAGUACACACCAGAUCAAAAGGGUUAUGCAACAAAAUAACUAAAGUCAAAUGAAUGGUGGUAUCUGUCAAAGAGAUUUUUCUGUUUCUCUCCUUCUCCACACACAUACAUAUGUAUGCAUAAGUAUGCACAUGUGCACAAACACAAUGCAGAGAUUUAUAGUCAUCAAAGAUCUCCAAGAAAAAACAACUGCUAUGUACUGAGUUACCCUUGCCUUCAAGACCUAGGAAGUAUGCUGGUCCUUCAAAUCCCUUUAUUUUACAGGUUGUUAAGGCUGCUCAUCAUUUUCUUAGAACAGGACACCAACUGUUACCAGUUAUUUUCCAUAUCCCUAUUUUAAUUUACUUUUUUAAUUAUUAGUUCUUUUAGAUACAAUGGAGAGGCCUUCCUUGGAAAUUAACCUGCCCAAUACUCAGGAAGAAGGGAAACUUUACGUAGUUGAUUCCUUAAACAACCUAAACAAACUAAAUGUUUGUCCAGAUGGAUCCCAACAUGUGCUAGAGGAGGAAGAGAACGUUGGUGCUACUGAAGAAAACACGUCAGGGAGCAACAUCAGGAACCAGCGCUUGUUCUUCGUCACCUUCAUUCUUACUUUGAUCAUCAGUUUGGCACUUGUUUCAUUUGUAAUAUUCAUAAUAAUUCAAACUAGAAACAAGAUGGACCAAAUAUCAAGCAGACUAAUAGCUGAAAAGAAGAACAUAGAAGAGCUUAAGAAAAUUAACAAUAUGAUAUUAAAGCAUCUAAAUCAAUCAGGAAUUAAGGAAAAUGGGAGCUACCUCUUCACACAGUCUCCUGAUCUUCACAGUUACCUCUUUGCCCAUGCUGAGCUGAAAGUCCCUGAAGAAUAGAUCUUCUUUGGUAUGAAAUUCAGUGUAUUUAUGUACUCAAGCUAUUUUCACAUAUGGCACAUGGGUCACUUAAACAUUCUGACAUGGUCACAGGAGCAUUAGAAAAGCCAGAUGUAUGAAAGACAGUAGAAAACAGUUUUUUAUCCUGUUUCAUAUGAAUAUAGAGUUGACAACAAACUAUGAUUUAUAAUAAAUGAUGGAUUAUCAAUGAUUUUGGGCAAGAGUUCCAGAUUCUCCGUGCAUUCUAAAUUGAAGGGCUAAGGGCUUAGUUUUACUUUAAAUGUGAGUGAUCACAGAAAAUAGUAAUUUCUGUUCACAUGAUUUCAGCAUGACCUUGUUCACUUAGUCAUUCUCCUCUUGGUUUUUUUUUUUUUUUGAACAAGUUUUGUGUUUGCUUCUGUAUUAUUUGUAUUUAAGGAUAACUUCAGAUUCCUUAACUUAUAAAUAAAUCCCAUUUCUGCCAUGGACUUUGGUGGUUUUCCUUUCUGUUCAUCUAAACAGAUUGACUUACUACUGCUUUUGUGAGAAAACAAACUUGAGUAAAAUCAAAGCAUUUCAUAACAUGCCAUAUUCCUCCCAAAUUUAUAUUGGCUGAACACGUGUAUUAUAUUGUCUUAUAUGGGAAACAGGUUUAGAGGACUCAGUCUGGGAAUACCCAUCUCAUAACAAUGCUAAGUGUUCUGUCAUCAGUAUUUGCUGGUAGUUUCUGGGAGAAGACCAAGUGUUUUUAUAAAGCAACAUGGGGAAAAUGCUACAUGUUCUUGUACUCUUCCCUAUAGUUGUUGUUGGCUACUACCAGAAAACAGCCAAGUAAAAUCUGGUCUGAACCUUCAUGUUUUUAAAAUGGAGCAAUACCUCAGAGGGUAAAAGCAGGAGCCAAUGCUUUCUUGCUCCGACUUUAUACAGCUGUGGAGACCAACACCCAGAAGAGUGAACACUUAACACACUGGUGGGUAUUGUUGCCAUUUUAGCAUUAAGAACCUUCUACUGGCACAUACAUUAAGAAGCCACCUCCAUUAUCAAUAAAUUAAUCGGUUACUCCUAUCUCAACAGUGCAAUGGCAGCUGACACUAUGGAGUAUGUGCAACAUCUUCUCUUUUACUCUGAGGUCUGUUUGUCAUUCAAUGCUUCCUUAUCUCUUCUGGACAAUUUUACAAAAACAUCACCAAAGCUGACAACUUUCAUCGCAGUCUCUUCUUCCAGAAUAACUGAUAGUCCUUUCUGUGCUGGCUACUUCAUUGUCUACAACAGAGUGAAGAACUACGCCCAGGAAUCUUUCCUGGUAUCACUCUACUCGGAUUUGCCCAACCAUUCUAUUCCUGCUAUUAGGAGUGCUUUGCUUUACACCUAUGUUUUAGACCACCUACUUUAUAUUUCUUUUCUUUUCCUGACACAUUACUAUCAAGUCACUCAUGAAAACUGUGAAGUCAUUCUCAAGACUUCAUUACUCCUGUUGUUAAUGCCCAGCUGCAGUUGCAACUAUCUACUCUGGACAUCACAAGUAGUUGUUACAAAGAUGACUUUAAAAUAGCUAACAAAGAAUGAUAAAAAGUAACUGUAGAAGUUGUAAGGAAAGAAAUCCUAAAAGCUCAACCCACACAUCUUUCUGUAUAUGCUGGUAAACAAUGAAAGAAAAGGUAUUGUAAGACUAAAAAUAUGACACUCGCAGCAUUGCUUCUCUGUUCUUUGAGCUGUCAGCUGAUUUUUAGUGACAAUAUUAAGUUCGCAUCUCUCCCACUCAUCUUGUAGCUAUUCUAAGUGCUUUCAAGCUCCUGUCUUGCACUGACACACAUCUGUACUUGUUAGCCAGGGAGAAACAACUCUAGUAUUUGGUACUCAGUGCAUCUCAAAAACAUGGAUUUGUCACAUCCUUUGUUGCAACUGCAGCUAUUAGAGCAGUGUGUGGUCCACUAGAAACUGACACAGUCAAUAGUUUUUUUUUCUGGCAGGAGACUGUAAAUAAAAUCUGUGCUAUAGCAACAGUCCCCAAAGAAAUUAAAGCUUAGUUAUCUCUCUGAUCCUGUCCUCAAUUACUCUUAAUCUAGUUAUUUGAUCAGUACUCAUAAUAAAUCUACUUUUCCUGUCUUCAUUGUUGAUUAGAAGUGUCGGGGCGGUGUGGGAGAGGGUUCACUCCAUGGUUUGAUCCUGCAAGGUGCUGAGUGCCCUUAUGUGCCACAGACUUAGGACCAGCUCAGGCAUACAGAUGUGCAGGCAUGCUGAGUACCACACAGGUCUGAGGCUCCAAGUCAUCCUUUCUUGCUUCUUCAGUUGCAGUGGUCAGCUAUUAAGAUUAGUGACUGAAGCAGUGCAAAGAUCCAAGGGCCUCCUAGGCUCAUUCUGCUAGCACUGCUGAAACACAUUUGUUGUUGGAGCCACUGGUGUACAAGGGAGAAACGGAGCAGCACUGCUUAUGGCUGCUUAUGGCUUCUCAUCUCAAGAUACCAACAUCCAUUUACAGUUAGAACUGCUUCCAUAUGAGACCAGAGCAAGGGUUUACAGGGCUGCCUUGACAGCAGAGUGCCACAACCAUUCCACCAACACUUUCUGGAGUACCCCCCUAAAUAGAAGAAAGUAGCGUUUCCUGCAUGGGGACAUUUCUGUCUAAUCUACUGACAGUUAAAUAGUCCCAAAGAAAGCUUGACUCCUAAAAUUUUCUACAAACUUGACCCUGAAGUGAACUUCAGCUCAUUCCAGAGCUCCACAAUCCUCAUCUUGAAUAAACAGCUAAGUGACUAGUAAACUCCAAGCUCCAGCUGCAUGUGGUGUAACCGCCGUGCUGUAUAGGUAUAUUACAAUGUCUCCUGUAGACACCGGCAGCACACCUCAGGAGUCUUUGCAAAGUCUGCUAUAAUGACAAAGAACAGGAGCAAGGUGAUCUGACAGUCACAAUUUCAUCUUAUAGCAGCCACAGCCGUUUUCCUCAGUAGUGAUGCUACUUUAUCUCUGAUUUGCAGGCUAUAGAGGUAUCUAUCCAAAAUAACUUCGUUUUCAGUAUUUUGCUGAGUCCACUGUAAAUUAAAAUGAUGCAAAGGGGUUCGGGCAGAUGUAACAACAUGCAACUGACACUCAUCUCUCU